UUAUAGUACUUUCCCCACAUUUUCCCUACUAGUAUCUAAUAUCAUACAACCAAUGAACCCUAGUCAACAGGUCAACUCUGUCGGUGUUACAGGCAACCUCAGUCGUCAGUUCACUCGCGAAAACAUACAAAACAUACAAAAGAAAAUUAAAACUAUGCAAGCGCGUGGCGAUACGGAGGCUAAUAACCCUGAAUUUGCUCAAGCUGUUCAAACCUUUCACAAUUUAAGAGCACUACAACAACAGCAACAACAGCAACAACAACAACAGAAUAUAGCGGCUGUUCCUUCUGUCGGUAGUAGUGGUAUUAAUGGAGGCGAGAGUGUCGACACCGGUAAUACUCAUUCAACAGUACUAACAUCAACGAUGAAUACACAAAAUCUUCAGAAUCAACAAGUAUCCCCGACUCCUUUAUCUGCUGAUCAGCUAAUGUCCUUAAAAUAUCAGAUUUUGGCAUUCAAAUUAAUAUCUCGUGCUCUUCCUGUGCCACCAUUAUUACAAAAAGCAAUGUUUAGUCCAAGCCAAGUACAGGGUAUAUCAGCACAAGAUAUAGUAGGAUCAAUAUCAUUACCAGGAAAAAUAGUAGAAUCAUCUAAUAAUCAUCAUACUCAGCAAGCACCUUCAAUUGUUUCAACAUCAUCCGCAGAUAUAAGUUCUCCUCCAAAUCCUACAGGAUCAAGUAUACCGUUUAAUUCUUAUACAAAUCCUCACACAUAUUUAAAACCAUUCCAAUUAUUUUCACAUGAAUCACGUCAACAAAGAAUGCUGAUACCAUCUAUCAUGCCCGUUGGUAUUGAUCCUCAGGAGAUUGCUGCUGAAAGAAAUCGAAGUAUAGAGUUUGUAGCUCAGCAAAGGAUUCGUGAACUCGAACUUUUUAACAAUAAUGAAUAUAAAAACGGAGAUAAACUGCGAGCAUUAAUAGAAUAUAAGGGGUUAAAAGUAUUACAUAAACAACGGAAGCUUCGACAAGAAGUAAUUAGUAUUGGUAGAUCUACGCCAAUAUCAACGUCCGAUCGUACUGCAUAUAAGAAAAUGAAAAAAUCAUCUAUUAGGGAUGCAAGAAUUACUGACAGACUUGAGAAACAGCAAAGAGAAGAAAGACAACGUAAACAAGUACAAAAACAUUUGGAUUACUUGCAAAGUAUUAUUAAUCAUCGUAAUGAAAUGCAGGCGUGGCAUCGUACACAUCAAUUAAAACAAAUGAAAUUUGGGCGUAUGGUUUUGGCGUUCCAUUCACAAAUUGAGAAAGAAGAACAGAAGAGAAUGGAGCGUAUUUCCAAAGAACGUAUUAAAGCCUUGAAAAAUGAUGAUGAAGAAGCUUAUCUUAAACUUAUUGAUCAAACCAAGGAUAAAAGAAUCACGCAUUUGUUGAAACAAACAGAUUCAUAUUUAGAUUCCUUGGCUCAAGCUGUUGUCGCACAACAAAACGACGAAUUGCAUAAUGAUCCAUCUGUCAGGGGUGAAAUUGAAUUAAUGGAUGAUGAUGAAAAUGUGGAAAUUGUACAUAAUGGUAAAAAAAUAGAUUAUUAUGCCGUUGCUCAUAGAAUUCAUGAGGAGGUCGAGCAACCAAAUAUGAUGGAAGGUGGUACUCUCAAAGAAUAUCAAGUUAAAGGUCUUCAGUGGAUGAUUUCACUGUAUAAUAAUCGUUUAAAUGGUAUUCUUGCUGAUGAAAUGGGUCUUGGAAAAACUAUUCAAACUAUUUCAUUAGUUACUUAUCUUAUUGAGAGAAAAAAGCAAAAUGGUCCAUUUUUGAUUGUUGUUCCUUUGUCCACUUUAACUAAUUGGACAAUGGAAUUUGAGAAAUGGGCACCUACUGUAAGAAAAUGUGUUUAUAAAGGAGCCCCGAACGUUCGAAAAGCACUCCAACACCAAUUCAUUAAACAUGUUAACUUCCAAGUUCUUCUAACGACUUAUGAAUAUAUUAUAAAAGAUAAAACAAUUUUAAGUAAAAUUCGUUGGGUAUAUGUCAUUAUCGACGAAGGUCACCGCAUGAAAAAUGUCAACUCGAAAUUAUCUAUAAUAUUGACAAAUAAUUAUCAAUGUCGAUAUCGGUUAAUUCUGACGGGAACACCUUUACAGAAUAACCUUCCUGAACUGUGGUCGCUAUUAAAUUUUAUUUUACCGAAGAUAUUUGACUCUGUGAAGAGUUUUGAUGAGUGGUUUAAUACACCAUUCGCUAAUGGUAUAGUUGGUCAAGAAAAAAUAGCAUUAAAUGAAGAAGAGUCAUUGCUUAUCAUUAGACGUUUACACAAGGUUUUAAGACCUUUCCUUUUACGUCGUUUGAAAAAGGAUGUAGAAUCGGAAUUACCUGAUAAAGUUGAACGAGUAGUGAAAUGCAAGCUUUCAGCUUUGCAACUGAAAUUAUACAGUCAAAUGAAAAGGCAUGGAGUAUUGUUUGUAAAUACUGGAGAAAAAGGGAAAACCGGUAUUAAGGGCCUUAAUAAUACAAUUAUGCAAUUGCGAAAAAUAUGUAAUCAUCCAUUUGUUUUUGAAGAAGUCGAGACAGAUUUAAAUCCUUAUAAAGUUAAUAAUCAGUUGCUUUACCGUGUUUCGGGCAAGUUUGAGUUAUUGGACAGGAUAUUGCCAAAAUUUGAAAAGACAGGUCAUAGGGUACUGAUCUUCUUUCAAAUGACUGCUAUAAUGACUAUUAUGGAAGAUUUUCUUAAUUAUAGAGGUUAUAAAUAUCUUCGUCUGGAUGGUACAACAAAGGCCGAGGAUCGCUCAAUUAAGCUAAAUGAAUUUAAUGCAGUAGAUUCCGAGUAUUUUGUAUUCUUGUUAAGUACACGUGCGGGUGGUUUAGGUUUGAACUUGCAGUCAGCGGAUACUGUAAUAAUUUUCGAUUCAGAUUGGAAUCCACAUCAGGAUUUACAAGCUCAAGAUCGUGCACAUCGUAUUGGUCAGACAAAGGAAGUUCGCAUUUUACGGCUUAUUUCUCAAAAGUCAAUUGAAGAAACUAUAUUAGCACGAGCACAAUAUAAGCUUGAUAUCGAUGGUAAAGUAAUUCAGGCUGGUAAAUUUGAUAAUAAGAGUACAGCGGAAGAACGGGAAGCAUUCCUGCGAUCACUCUUAGAAGGAGAUAAUGAUGAAGCAAAUGAUGUAGAAGAGGAAGAUGAACUUGAUGAUGAUGAGCUCAAUGAAAUCAUUUCUCGAAAUGAUGGUGAGUUGACAUUAUUCAAAGAAAUGGAUAUUCAAAGAGCCGCUAAAGAAGAAGCCGAAUGGCGUGCAUCAGGAGGAAGAGGAAAACGCCCGGAUAGAUUAAUAGAAGAAAAGGAAUUACCAAAUGUUUACAUGAAAGAGUAUGAUACCGUAAUUCAGCCUGAAGAUGACGCUACUGAAUAUGGUCGCGGACAAAGACCAAGAGGAGAUGUUCACUAUGAUGACGGAUUAACAGAAGAUCAAUGGGUUAACGCUAUACAAGAUGAUGAUAUAGAUGUUCAUGAAAUGAUAGCCAAAAAACAAGCAGCAAAGAAACGCCGUUUAGCAAAGAAAAAUCAAAAAACACAUACCCAAGAAACACCGAAACCUGCGCAACAACAACAACAACAACAGUUAACGACACAAUAUGAAGAAACAAAUGUUGAAAUAUCGGAAUUUAAAAAGAAACGGGGAAGACCACGUAAAGAUGAUACACAUGUUACAGACGAUAUAUCCGAGUCAACACUAUCUAAGUCUUCUAAAAAGAAGGGUAAAAGUAAGCGAAUAGAAAUCGUUGAUUUUGGCGGUUCCUCAGAUCAACCUAAAAAUAAGAAACGCAAAACAAACAAAAAAGUUCAUGAUGAUGAUAAUACACAAGAAGGUUCAUCACAGCAGGAGCAAAUGAAGCGAGUCUUUAUGCAGUGUUAUUCUACCGUUGAAAGUCUCACAGAAGAUUCUGAAGGUGAACCUCGACAACGUGCAUUCUUAUUUUUAGUGCUUCCUAGUAAGAAGGAUUAUCCAUUUUAUUACCAAAUAAUUACCAAACCUAUUGCUAUGGAUACAAUAAAAAAGAGAAUCAAAAACAAUUAUUAUAAAUCAGUAAAACAAUUUCGAGAAGACUGGAGUCUCAUGUUUAAUAAUGCAAGAACAUUUAAUGAAGAGGGAUCACAGGUCUUUAUUGAUGCCGACAAGAUGCAGGAGGCAUUUAAUGGCAAGCUGGAUGAACUAUGUCCAAGUGGUGAAUUUCCAAAUACUGAAGGCAUGGAUUUAUGAUUAAGGAUAUUGGUUAGAAAGGAGUAAUCAAUAUUUUGAUCGAGGACUUUUUGAUAUUAAAAUAAUAAAUAUCGUGCGAUGAAUACAUUGUAAUUAAUUACUAGUGAAAGUUUUUCAUCAUAAAAAUUGCUACUUUAUUAUCGCAUUUCAUUAAUUAACAAUGUUAGAAUUAGUAUAAACAUAAAAAAAAAAAA